GGAGAGUAUAAGACCAUCAGGGUGUCUUCCUCGGCAGUAGUGGCUAGUGACGUCAACAUGUGGUUAAAGGAUUGCCUUUUAGCGGCAGUGGUGCUACUCGGGGUUGAGGCACAAACGAAGACAGCCCGUCAAGAGGCCAGUGGGGCGGCGCCCAGUGAGGAUGUUCUGGAUAUCAGAGAGGACGGUGGUUAUGGUUUCCGCUACCAGGCGAGGGAUCAAGGAGGCCACUACGGGGAGGGGGCGGCGUCACCGGACAACACCGUCACUGGCAAGUUCGGAUACCGUGACCCAGGCUCUGGAGUGAACGUAGAGACUCGCUACACAGCAGGAGAGAGGGGCUUCCGAGCACAGGGACCUCUGGUGCAUAGACGCAUGGACCUAUCCCAGAUAAAGCUACCCUACAAUCCGCCGGUCCCUCCAGACUCCCCCGACUACAAUCCAUCGUACUCCACAUACCACGACCCCAACGAGGACUCUAGCUAUCACUUUGACUUUGCCACUCAGGAGUACAAACGUACUGAGACAGGAGGACCACGUGGAGAGGUAGCAGGAGCCUACUCCUAUGUGGACGAUGUCGGAGACAUUCACAAUGUGGAGUUUGAAGCAGACUCUCAGAGAGGUUUCCACGUCAAGACUCCAUACCCAGACUCCAACCACAACUAUAACGAACUGUACUUCCGAGGAGACGGUCGAGUACCACUGAGGGGUCGCACAUCUAUACAACGAGGUCUUGACGGAAGUUACAAGUUCACAACACACAGUCAAGACCAGAGAAGAUCAGAAGUAAAAGACGCCCUGGGGAACACCAAAGGUUCAUACACUUACAUCGACAAAGAUGGAACACAAAGGUCUGUACAGUACGUAGCCGGGCCGAAUAUUGGGUACAAAAUAAUCAAUCAAGGAUUAGGAGCAAGUCUGGACCCAGUGUUUCCCUAUAUACAUCAAAACUACAUCCCAUCUAAUUUACAAGGUGCAGGGAGCAAGCCGGGGUUUGGUUCUGGAGGCCCUUCUUUGUUUGGGGAUGGCUCUGGAGGUACUAAACCGUUUAAAGGUCCUACUACAACACCUUUUGGUUUUGAUAGUACACCUUCAACGGUAGGACCACUACCACCCUCUGGGGGGUACGGGCAAGGCUCUUAUGGGAGUGGAGGAGGAAAUAAAGGAGUAGGGAGUGGAGGGGGAAGUUUUGGAGGAGUGGGAGGAGGAAGCGGAGGGGGGAGUUUUGGAGCAGGAGGUAGUGGAGGAGGAGGAGGUACUGGUGGUUUUGGAGACAAAGGAGGAACUUUUGGAUCUGGAGCUAUAGGAGGCUCACUAGGGGGAGGUGGAGGAUCAUACGGAAGUGGUGGAUCCGUGUACAGACCUGCUGCUGGACCUUGUUGUGCUGCCAGCACUGACAAAGGACCUAGACCAUCACCAACUCCUAGGCCGGAGUCACCCCCUAAAGGUCCUGGGAAAGAUGAAGAGCCCCCUUAUCCUCCAAGUGGAGAAAAACCUCUCAACGGACUCAAAGACCCUCUUUUCACAACAAGUGAUAAAAAACCGAUAGCCUCUCCAGGCAAACCAUCCAAACCCUCGUCCAACGAUGAUUUUCUCUCCCCCACAUCAGGGUAUCCGCCUCCUCCACACGCCGGGUUCCCAGAAGAAGACCCGAAAGCCAAAAAACAGAACAAUCCUAACUUCAAACCAUUUACGGUCGAAGACAAUCUUUUUCUACAAAGGCCAUUUUCUUCUUUACCUCCUGCAGGAAGAGAAUCCAAAUUCAACACAGAUCGCUCUGAUGACUUUGGUACCGAAAGUUCCAUCACAAGCCGUCCUGAGUAUGUUGAUGAUUUUGACAGAGACGGAGCUUAUUCCGAAGACGAGUUUACAGGUUUUCCUCCUGGAGUCUCUGUCAAAGGAAGAAUUCAAUCUUUGGAUAUAAAUCCGUUUGGGAAUAAAGUUCCAGCUCCAGGCGAAGCUUUAGAGUUCAAUAUUGGAGAUGAGGAAAGAAGGGGUUCUUAUAACUAGAAUUUGUAUGCAAAUUCUUAUUUUUAGGUUGUUAUGUUACAAUCUACGCUUGAAUCACAAACAUAAUCUCUAUUUCAAAAAUGUAUCCACAACUUUAAUAAUAUGUGUUUACACAAAAAUUGGGCUCUUUCGUUACUAGUUUGACUAAUGACUAGCAAACAAAUGAACAUAAUAUUUACACAGAAUAGUUAUUAAUUACAUCAAGGAAUGGUAUAUAUAUAUAGUUCAUCACUCAAAUAAUGUGCUUUUUAGAAUGUUAAGAAACAAAAGCCUUGUUCAACAAUUAUUUUCUUAGUCUUCUUUUAAGUAGUUACCAUAGGGAUUAGAAGAAUUCAGUUUGUUUACUAAUAUUUUAUAUACAGUUUGUAUUAGUUACCGGUACUCUCAUUGUAUUGUUUGUUUCUUGUAUUACAUUGUUGUUCCUAUAACCGAUUUACCUUUUUGAACUUCAAACUAGAGUUAUACAAUCUUUAUUUUGUUUAAUUGCUGACUUACCUGAAAAUUACAACAAUCUAACAACGAGUUUUUAUAUUGUUUUAUUAUGAAUUAUGAAUUUAUGAUUUAAGCCAAAGAAAUAAUACUUUGAUGUAAAUAUUGUACAAACUCAUUAAACGUGUGCUAUGUGUGAAUGUUAUCAUUAGCAAUAAGGUUGAGACACUUCUAAGUGAAUGUAAAUAAUGUUACCAAAUAAAUAAAUUUUAAUAUUUUUUUUU